UAUUGACUCGGGAUUAUUCCUGAUACUAACCGACAUCACGGUUAACAUCGAUUAUCAGUCAGUCGCACUUAGACGAUGAGCCCCACCAGUGUACUUAGCACGGCUGCUCAAUUUCUCGGGCGUGGUUCAGUCUCGUUCAACCGAGACGACGUCGAGAUACCGUCGGGUGGCCAACACUCACCAUCUGCUCGGACCCCGGGUGAUCCCAGAAAGAGACAGAGGAUAUCGCGCGCCUGCGAUAUCUGCCAUAGGCGACGUGUCAAAUGUGAUGGCAAUACUCCGUGUACAAGAUGUCUAGAUCCUGCUGUAUGCACCUAUAUUCGAGGAGCGCGCAAACGGGGUAAACCAGUGCGGAACGGCCGUGGCGACUCCCAACAGCUGUCGCCUAGCUCGCCGUCGGACAACGACACCCAGCUUCAUGCUGAUCUGCGAUCCUUACCAUCUCCAAACCAAAUACCGAGCGCAAAUGGCACUGACCAGCAUCGAUGGGAACGAGACUUCCAACCUUCCAACAACCCAGGGCAAGCCAGCGCUGGUGACAGGUUCGACUCGUCACGAUAUGCAGCCCCGGACCUCGUCACCCGCCUGGGACAACAGCCACCUGCUAUGAACUCGAACUUUCUCUCGGGCCUUGCAGCACCGGGCAUAAAUCUAAGCGACACAUUACAAGAAUCUUCCGGAUCAACCACGCUUCGCGAUCUCUUUCCCGACCAACAUGUGAACCAGGAUCAACCAAAUUGGGAAUCAUUCGUACCGAGUACAGCAGCACCCGGCCAGCAGAACGUCGAGCAAAACAACACUAUUUCCCAAGGUCUUAGGUACCCGGUGUUGAAACCUCUCUUACCAUACAUCAGAUCAUUCCUCACCGCUUCAGAGACUUGCAGUCUCUUGGAGUGCUACUUCACGAGCACGUUUGAGGACGUUUUCCACCCGGCCUGCGCACAUAUCCACGCCUUCAUCUUCCGCAAAAGCUCUGUCCUCGACAGUAAGAACCCGCGCAAAAGUUCACCAGCGCUUUUGGCCAGCAUGUUGUGUGUGGCAGCCGCGACAGACUGCGACGAGAUGUUGUCCUGGCCCCACCGGAGAUUACAAAGCGUCCGGAGCAAGCUCUACACGCUCACUAUCCAGCUGCUGAAGCCUCUCGUUCACGUCGACUACGGCCACCCUGCAGUCUCUCAGGAAGACGGCAGCAGCACUGGCGAUUGCGGCGGCACGGUACCCGAAUGUGCGCCUACGAAGAAUAACAAAGACUAUCUGAUAACGGAUGCCACGUCGCUUCAUGAGCAAGGCACGCUUGACGAUAUCGUCACGUACAUACAUAUUGCGGCCGUGACUUCGGCGAGCGAGCGAAAAGCUGCGAGCAUGAGAUGGUGGCAUGCAGCCUUCACUUUGGCAAGAGAAUUGAAACUGCAUGUAGAAGUGUCCCCAAAAGCCACCUUCUUUCCCCAGCAACGGAGUACAGGUGCCACCAUCGACCCUUGGACGGACUGGGAAUCCUUUGACUUCAACACCUUUACGAUGGACUACACGGAUGCUGCUGCCAGUGGGUCUUCGCCACACGGGUCUGUUGCUCGCCAGUACAACGUUCUCGGUGAGGAGGAACAAGAAGAGCGAAGAAGAACUUGGUGGCUUCUAUAUAUUCAUGACAGGCACCUCGCUCUGUGCUACAACCGACACCUUGCCCUGACCGAUGCCGAAUGCUCAGAGCUCCUUCUCCCAUUGGACGAAGCAGCGUGGCAGUCUGGUCGUUUUCUGACCUCUGUCGACCCUUACGCAGACAGGCCGGGGUUUCCUUCAGUCAGGUGUACCGGCUAUACCGCGUUUGGGUUUCUCUUGCCUCUCAUGACCAUCAUGGGCGAAAUCAUCGACCACAACCAUGGCAAACAACAUCCCUUCCUGGGUGAACAAUACCGGAUGGGACCGCACGCAGAUGCGCUGGAGCAUCAGAUCAGACAACAGCUAGUCGCCUACAAGGAGAGCUUAGAAGGACUUGAGUCUACUCAGCCUGCAUCUCAACUUCGGGAUGAUGCCGGUAUACAGCCAGGUCAACAGCAGCAGCAACAUCGUCUCCACGUCAGGACCGUUGCCCGGUAUGCCGAUUUUAUCAUCCACGUUUGCUACAUUCUCUUGGCGGGCAAAUGCGAUCCCGUAUCAAUGUUCGACGACAAGGAUUUUUGGAUGCUGUCCCCUGCCUUCGGAUCGACCAAGAACCAUGCCAUCGAAGCUGCGGAAGCCUUGAAUCAGAUCUUGGACGUCGACCCAGACCUGAGCUUUCUACCCUACUUCAUGGGUAUCUUGCUGCUGCAAGGCAGCUUUGUGCUAUUGUUGGUCAUUGACCGACUGCAGGGACAGACGGAACCACGGAUUAUCAGUGCCUGUGAGAUGGUGAUCAGAGCGACAGAAGCGUGCGUGGCUACAUUGGACGCAGAUUACCAGCGGAAAUAUCGACAGAUUCUUCGGUCGGCAGUGAUGCAGGCCCGAGGACGCAGCAUUCCAGAAAGGAUAUCCAAAGAUCGCCGACGAGCGGUUUUGGCACUGUACCGUUGGACCCGAAAUGGCACUGGAUUGGCCAUUUAGAGGUAUUGCCUUCCCACUUAUUCUGAGCCCUUGUUCUCGUGACGGUCAGUGAAUCGGAGGGUAGUUGGAUAGGUACAUAAAAAUGGCGGCUCACUUACGAACGAC